AUGUCAAGUGCCAAGUCAUCUCCCUCUCCGUCUCCAGAACUGGCUGGCGUCGAGAUGAAAAGACGUGAUACAAACGGAUCUAUCAAAGAUGGAACUUCCUCCUUGAAACGAGUAAGAGAAGGAUCGUUGGAACCAACUCAAGCCGAAGCUUCGAUUCCGGAGCCCGUCGCUACCAAGAAGAAUCGAAUCGCAUCUUCCUCUAAAUCAGCACAGGGCCCCAAUGAUACGGUCGAUGCUGGUAUUGAAGAGAUCGAUUCUCCACCUCAGAAUGUCGAUGGCGAAACGGAGCCUUCAAACGCUACUCGCAAGGAGGAAAGGCCGGUUGGUGAAGUAAGAAAGAAAGUGGAGAAAAUGACCUAUGAUGAGAAACGAUUGUCCAACCCUCCUGAAGAAGCCGCGGAUAAUGGUCAAGGUGAGAAUGUCACGGUGGACGAAGAUAGACCUGGCGGUGGAGGUGAUGAUUCGUGGGAAAAUAUCGAGAAGGAUGAAAUAGAUCUUCCGAAUGGUGAGAAGCUGAAGAGAAAGGCCUUGGAUAGAAGCGAGAGCUCUUUUGCCCAAGAAACGGGAGAUGUGAGUGCGAAACGAGCAAAGGAUAUUAUUUUGGAUUCUGCUCCAGAAGAAGUCAAACCUGACACCAUCCCUCCUCCUGCUAAGAAGCCUCCUUCCACCUUCAGCUCAUUUGCUUCUUCCGCUUCUCCUUUCGCUGCUCUCAAGAGCCCUUCUCCUGCCCCUGAUUUAAACCACAGUGCUUCUGCUACAGAUUCUCCACCAAUUCCUCCAUCAGUUGCGGCUAAGAAACCUCAAGCAACUUUUGGGGCGUUUUCUAGCGCUGCUGCUUCACCUUUUGCAUCUGCUGUCAGUCCUGCAUCAGCCGCAUCUACACCGAAAUCACCCGCUGCGAGAGAGACCACUACAGCUCCUACCAAGAAGCCACAAGCGACCUUUGGAGCUUUCUCCUCUUCCUCCUCCUCAUCUUCAUCAGCGUUCGGAGCUGCAAAACCGGCCUCGACAUUUGGAUCCGCGCCCGUCAAAGGGUCAGCUUUUGGCAACUAUUCGACCACAUCUUCGGCUUUCUCGUCAAAGAAGAAUGAACCCGUUGAAGGCCAAAAGAUUGAAGCAGGACCUUCAAGCUUUGGUGAUAUCCUGAAAGACAGCGGUAACGAUGAGAUGACCGAGGAGAAACUAGAGAUGCAAGAACAAGAUGUUACCACUGGUGAAGAAGAGGAAGAGACUGUCAUACAAACUCGUGCCAAACUAUACACCAACGAAAAAAGUAGUGGAUGGAAAGAACGGGGUGUAGGUCUGUUAAAAUUGAAUGUCAGGCGAUCAGAUGGCAGCGGCGCGAGGUUACUCAUGAGAGCCGAUGGUGUACUGCGAUUGAUACUCAACUUCAAGCUAUACAAGGGUCUAUUCUUGUCUUUGGACGGAAAGAUCAUCAGAAUGACUGUACCAGAAGACGAUAAGUUCAUUAUCAUCUGCCUUAGAAUGUCGAACCCCAAAAUCACCUCUGAAUUGGCAGAGAUAAUCCGAGAACAUAUCCCAUUGGAGGGUGAAUCAAAAGCAUCUGAACCAUCAGCGGUUUGA